GCCACCCCACCUCCACCCGCAUCCCCGACCAGCUCCCUUUCACAGCCUUACAUCAGCGGGGAGGAGGAGCCCGGAGGGGAGCAGCAUGGAGUGAGAGGGGAGAGAGAGACAGAGUGAGGACAGGAGCGGGAACCGAGCCGCAGACAGCGAGCAGAACCAUGGAGCUGAAGACAUCGCCCUCAGCCUCUCUCGACAGCAGGAGAUCGCUGAAGAGCUACGGAGCAGUGGAAGAGACCGAGUGGAGCAGGCUGACCGCGGGGAAAGUUGCAGAUCAGCUUGACAUUAUCUCCAUGGCCGAUUUGACUAUGACACCAGAUGAAAUUGAAAUGGAAAUGGCACGGAUUCAGCGACUUCGGGAGGUGCUGGUCAGGAGGGAAUCAGAGCUCCGAUUUAUGAUGGACGACUUUCAGUUGUGUAAAGAAAUAAUGAACUUAAAGCAGGAGCUACAGAAAUUAGUCUCAAUUCCAGAAAAGGAUAAAUGCAAAGAGGACAAGCAGAAGGAGGAUAUGCUGAUCCAGAAAAUCCAGAAAUUAGUGGAGAAAAGAGACUUCCUGGUUGAGGAUGCAGAAGUGGAGAGAUUAAGAGAAAGAGAAGAAGACAAGGAAAUGGAAGAAUUUCUCCAGUCUAAGUUAAGACCACUAAAAUAUGGAACUAAAGCACCUCUAGAGGCUCCAAAAGAGAUGUCAGCAGUUAACGAACCUCCUCCAAACAAACCAUCAGUUGCCAAAGCCGGAAUGGCCUUAAUAAAAGAUUGCUGUGGAACUACACUGUGCAACAUUAUGUAGUCCCCACUAAUCAUAUUUGAAUCCCCUCUCCAAGUGUUUGUGAAAGAGAAUUGCACCCAGGCUGGACGAGUAACAGCUGACCAUACCAUACUGCGAUAAAACACUGCGUUGAAGUGAGUCUGCCCUUCAUGCAUGGAUCACAAACUCUGCAUGCUGAAAAGGAAAGUGCAUCUCGUUUCCAGUGGUAGAAUGAGAAUUUUUUAUACCUGGCAUGUGUGAUAACAAAGUAGUUCUAUGAAAUUGUUCCAGAGGUAAUAAUAGUAUACAAUAUACCACUUCUAAAAUUUCCUACCAACACUAAUAGGAUUUUACAGGGUUUUCAAAUGGAACAACUCUUCGAGGCUUAUUUCAUAUUCCUCUAGAUUCCGCCAGGCAUUUCAGCUGGGGACUCACAAACAAUUACAACACUCUGCCUUGAAAGAGCACAUUCAGCUACUGAAAGUCAGGUAACAAACUUUACAAAUUUAAACUCAGUGACUUUAACAGGGAUAGAGGCAAAUUCUGUCCUGCAGAAAAAUGUACAGUGACCAAGUAGAGAUCGUCAUGUAUCAUAACUUAAAGUAUGUUCUUAUUGUGUUAAAAUCAAGUGUUUCCUUAUUGAUAAAUAGGGUAUUGUUAAUGUACUAUAAAAGUAAAUUGAGAUUUGUCAGUAAUCAAGUGUAGAGUGAAGGCUUUGUUAGAACAUUAAGUUUUGCAAUAAAAGGGUCUUUAACAAAUUGAGAGUUUGUGGUUGUGGAGAAAUUCAUCUUUGGGAGGAACACAAAAUGGGUGGCAGCUGAUCACUGCCCAAGGUUGAAUUUCUCCCCCAUGUCCCUUGAAGUACUUGUAAUUAACUUGAGAAGUAUUUAUAUUUAACUUUUUUUCUUGUUGGUUAUGUUUGAAUAAAUAUUCCUUUUCUUCCUUUGUGCACAAUCAUCUACUCAACAUAGAAGCAGCUGCUUAUCAUCAGAGGCUCAGGUGGCACCAACUGUAGGUGGUGGUGAAAGCAGUAGGUGGGCUCAUGAAUAUGGUAGAACCAAGUAGUUCUGAAACUAAUUCCCAGAGUUAAAAGCAUAUUUGCACACAUCUGAACUUAGCAGAAAGAAAACUUUAGUUUUUCUCCUGACUCAUUGUGGUCUUGUAUUUAAAUGCUAUUGACUAAUCUAAUAUUUGUCCUUAUUCAAUGUUCAAUCUUUUAUCCAUUUAGGAGUUCUAUUUUAAUGAAAUGUACAAUUAUUGAA